UAUACAAAGUAAUAAAAUUGAAACACAAAAACUUUCCUUCUUAGAAAAAUUAUGGAAUCAAAGUUAAAGAGUAGGAGGGGCCGUUCUCUCUUUAUGUCUGCUCUACUUGGGUUGCUUCUUCAUAUUGUCAGCUCCUGGCUUCUUGGGUUUCUACACAGUUUGGAGCCACAGAUUUUCAGUGAAGUUGUGAGGACGAGCAUCCGCAAUGGGUUUGUAACUAUGACAAUCAAAUUCCUCCAUUUUGUCAUAGCAAAGUGUAUGCAGUUCAGACAUGCCUGGUUGUUGUAUCCUGUUCGUUCUACCAUGUCCUGCUGGUUAUUCUGGAUAGCAUUCAGUCGACCAAUAUCUCAUCCUCAAGCUAGCUUGCUUGCUUUCAUUUUUGGAUAUUGCCAUUUAACCAUCUUUCAUUCUUCAUGGCAGAACGAAUCCCAUUUGGGACAUUUCUUGUGAUGAGAGUUGAAACCAAUCCUAAAUCUAGAGAAAAUAUUGUUUUUGAAUAAAAUAAAACCGGCUAGUUUUAAUGCUAGUUUGGGUAUUACAAGAUAAAUAUACUAUUAAUAAUUUUGCGGGCCUAUGUAAGGGGUUUUUUUCACUAGAAUUACCCUGAAAUGGUAAAGACUCCUUUGGAAUAAUAUAAAAUGUUUGUUUGU